UAAGAAAAGGUUAGGGUCUAGACUAUCUUCUAAAUAUAUUUUGAGGGAGUUUGGUCUGGUCCAAAACACUACCAUCCUUCAUGAAACUGCAUUUAUCCCAAUUAAGGCCCUGUUCCUGAUUAACCAACUACUUUAGAUGAUUCUUAUCUUUCAACUCUGUACUGGCCUAUGCACAAAGUCUAGCAAGUGGGAAAAAUAUACUGAUACACUCAAGCUCAUCCUAAAACACAGAGGCAUUGACACCAUUUACUUGGAGGAGCAUCCUGGCAUUCUGAUCCAUCUCUGAUCCAUCAAAUCCUAAACCUGUCUGUGGCUCAGUGACUGGACUGUGGGAUGGAAUAGUGGCUGCAAAGGAAGGAAACGUAAACCAAGUUAUAGCAUUGAAUUCCAUUUCUGCACACAGCAACAUGCCCCUAUUGCAGAGAAACUUGUGGAUCCAAAGUUGUGUUCCUUAGUUAUUUGACGACACACAUCGCCUAACAGAUGUCAUCUUCAAUUCUAAAAGAUUGCAACUGACACUUAAAAAUGACCCUAAUAUUUACAGAAUAAUAUAUGACCAAGUUUGUAAAAUUAAACUGCGUGCCAACAUUCCCACAUGUCAGUGUUAAUGAUAAAUUUAUAUAAUUUAUAGGUACAUUUCUGUGUAUGGACAUGGAAAAUAAAAUAAGGAACAUUUGUUAACCACAGGGUAUUUGAACAAAAACACAUAAAGCUAUACUUGAUGAAUUCUAUGUUAAUUGAUUCAAUGUAUUUUUAAAAAAUAUAUUAAAAUUGCUUAAUGCAUUUCAGGGCUAACAUUUGCCAUGGAUGAAUGAAUUACACCAGCAUCAAUCAAAUGGAUCUUGCUAAGAGAUUAAAUGUAGGAACAGGAAUAAAUAAGCUUUCUCAUCAUACUUGCAUGAAUAACAGGAUGAUUAGGUAUAGUCAGUUUAGGAUGAAACGGAUAGGAGGCACAUAAAUACAAGCGAACUGUUUCUGACAGUUGGUGAGUCUAGAAGGAGAGCCAAUCCCAUGUGAUAACAUGUAAGAAAAUAAGAGGGUAGGAGAAAUAGCUUUACCCACAGUUGUGAGUUGUGCAAUUCACUUCCAAAAUAAGUGUUGAAGGCAGAAACAAUGUCAACAUGCAAAAUUAAAUUGAAUAGCAGGAUGAUGGAAAAUAAAGAUUUAGAAGGGCUUGGGAACUGGGUGAAUAAAUACAAUAACUAUUUUCUGAUCUGGAUUGUAUGGCCACAGUUUGAAAAUCUGCCAUCUAUGGUCUAAGGCGGGGCGUGAUGUACAUUGUUGGAAAUGCUGUGAACUCCUCAUGCACUUAGGAGAUUCAUUGAUUUGAGCUGGGACUGCAGCCCAGUCCAAUCGCGCCAAAUUUUGCUGUAAUUCAGGAAACGGCUAGAAUUAAUUCGAAGAGAAUGUCCUUAUGCCAUUUGUCUCUACCAGUCGCCGACAGUUUCGCAAAAGUCAGCCGUGCACCAUCAUAAAGUGCAAAUCCCAGCCAAUGCUAAAAUCCUACUGCAAUCACGAUCAAAGGUGAAAAUAUUUUUUUUCAGUGCAGCUCUGAAUUAGCUGUUCUCUUUGCCAAACACUGCCAGGUAAAAUGCGAAAUCAUGCGUCAUAGUAUAUUUGUGUGCUUCUCGAGGUGGGUCGUGCUAACUCAUCGUCAUCAAGGGAAACUGACUUCCUCUUUACGGUUGAUAUCGGGAUUGUGCUAUGGCAACUUCUCUUAUUUCCACUGCAAUUACAUUACUGAUGCUGCUGCAAGGAGUCUGAGGGCGGUAGGGGGCGCCCACACCCGCCGAUGGAAAUCAACGGUAACUGCAGCGACAGUGAACUGGAAAGUGAGAAGAGGAUAUGGUUUCGCUGACUGAUCGCCGUCACUCAGCCGGAAUUCAACAGACAGUCGACUUGGGUUAGGAAACAACUGCAAAAAGAGCCCUAUCAAAGAGAGACGAAGAGCCCCCACGCCCUACAAUAAAAGAGCAGUCGCAGAUGCAAGGUCAUGUCGUAGCCAGUAUUCUCCAUUCUCCCAGCUAGUCAGCUUCGCAGCCGCAGUUUCACUGAGCUCUCGGCAACAGCCUGACACAGAAGCCAACAGGAACAACAUGCUGCUGCCGUCUCGACCUGACCGCGAAGACGCAAGGAGCUCCAACAUUGCCUGGGCAUUGAUUUGACUAGUUCCUUUCUCCUGGACUGGAAAGGAAAUAACGCACAAGGAGAUUCUGUUUUGCUGAAUUCGCCUUUGCCCAAGUCUAGGCGGUAUGAAAUAAAAGGCGGCAGAGCAGCAAAGGACAGACACGCCAACAUCAUUUGAGCCCUGCUGAAAGGUCAACUGCAUUCGGUGUGACCGAGGACAUGCAGGAUAACAUUGUCUCAGUCUGUCUCAUGUGAAUCAAUACAUCUGAGAUUGAAGAUGAUGUUCUACAGUGAAGGCUUCAUUGGCUAAGUGGAAAGGAAACUGAUGAUGAGCAGGAAAUAAAAUUUGAUACAUUAAGCAAUCAGAAAUGUUGUGCCGAAGACUGCGAUAUUUUAGAUACAGGCAAUUUCGAUGGGUGCUGACAGGAAUUUUCUGUUCAAUAACCUUACUAUUUCUUAUAAGACGUGACAAGAGUCCUGUGAAUGAGCACCAAAAUUUGGAGCUUGUUGAAGAGGACCCCAGAUAUUAUGUAAACUGCACUGGUGUUAUCAAUGGAGAUGAAGAGUCAAUAAAACUGGCUAAACUUCAGACGCUGUCAGUUAUAUACAAAAAACGUCUUGUGCUGAAUGAGAAAGAUUACAUAGACAUGACCAAACAUUGUUCCAACUUCACCAGAUUACAAAGAUAUAUCACGUUUCCACUUAGCAAAGAGGAAGAAGAAUUUCCAUUAGCAUAUUCAAUAGUAAUCCAUCACAGGAUUGACAUGUUUGGAAAACUUUUACGCUUGAUAUAUGCACCUCAAAAUUUUUAUUGUAUUCACAUUGACAAAAAGUCAUCUCCGACUUUCUUGGAUGCAGUCAGGGGCAUAGCCUCCUGCUUUGAUAAUGUUUUUGUUGCCAGUCAGCUUGAAAAUGUAACCUAUGCAUCCUGGAGCAGGGUUCAGGCCGAUGUAAAUUGCAUGAAAGAUCUACUUCAAAAGAAUUCAACAUGGAAAUACUUGAUCAAUCUUUGUGGCAUGGAUUUUCCCUUAAAAACCAAUUUGGAAAUGGUGGAAAAACUCAAGGCUUUAAAAGGGGCAAACAGCUUAGAAACAGAGAAGACUGCACCACAUAAAGAGAAGAGGUGGAAACACAGUUUUAAGGUGGUGAAUGGGAAAUUAAAGGACACAGAGACGAAUAAAAAUGCUCCACCAAUUGAAACACCAAUGUUUUCAGGAAGUGCCUACUUCAUUGUCAGUAGACAUUUUGUGGAAUAUUUAUUUAGAAGCCCUAAAAUACAAAAGUUUAUCGAAUGGGAAAAGGAUACUUUCAGUCCAGAUGAACACAUGUGGGCAACAUUACAAAGAAUGCCUGAUAUGCCUGGAUCAGUCCCUGUUAAUAAUAAAUACGAUACCUCCGACAUGAACUCUUUAGCAAGGCUAGUAAAAUGGAGUUACCUUGAGGGUGAUAUUUCCAAAGGAGCACCUUAUCCACCUUGCACUGGUGUACACGUCCGUUCGGUGUGUGUAUUUGGAGCAGGGGAUCUGAAAUGGAUGUUGCAGCAGCAUCACCUAUUUGCCAAUAAGUUUGACACAGAAGUCGAUGGAAUUGCACUGCAAUGUUUGGAGGAGCAUCUAAGACAUAAAGCUAUUAGCAAUCUUUUAAGUUAUACUGAGGCAUGAUCUUCCUAAAGAAAUAUCUCAAUUUGGGAAUUCUCAAUUCUCUAAACAGAAUGGGAAACUGCCUGUCUUUCUUCAUAAUUUAGUGAUCUACAAACACAUUAUAAAACAUGUACGUUAGAAGCAUUCAGGCUUGAUAUUGAAUGUAGGAGUGUAAUGCUGAGCAAAAUCUAAGCCAAGAGAAAGCAUUCCUGCUCCUCUACCCACAAGAUAAUUCGUAAUGGCAAUUUCUUUAACCUCAUUUCCCUUGAGGUCUAGAAAAUCUGCCCAUCCAUGUUAAACCCACAAUGUGUGAGAGUCAGAGCCCCAUGUAAUUAUUAAAUGGGCAUCCUGUUUCUUGGGUACUGGGACAACUGUCCAUUUGUUGUCCCGCCUUUACUGGUAGGUCGAGAUUGAAUGUGAGAUUUUUAAAACACCUCACAUAGGGUGUUAGGAGUACCCCAAUUCAUCCUGCUACUGAAUUUAAAUUGCAGAUCGAUAAUUAUGGAGAAAAACAAUCACAUUCCUCAGUUUCCUUAAAAGAGUAAGUCCACCAAAUUUGCCAGGCUGGUACUGGUUGAUGGCUCAUAAAUGUACCAGGCUACAUGUUAGAUUAAGUUCUUUAUGUAGUAGAAGACUAGUUUUUUUAAAAGCACUGCCUCUGUGUUCAAUGAACAGUAUGUAUGUGCACUUCCUUGCCAAAUUAAGAUAACAUUGAAUAUUUAAAGGAGAAAACUUCAGGCCAAGUCGUUAUUAUUAUUCAGCAGGACUAAAUGCAAAUUUGCAUUAUCACUUUUUAAAUUAUAUAGGUUGUAAAAAAGAACUAGUUUAAAGCCACUUAUUUUCAAAAACGUCAAUAUUAUAUUCAGCAAACUAGCUUAAUGGCACCCAAUAUUGCUGGAGAGAUGAGCCUCAAUCGUAAUCUGGCUCAAUUCAAAUUUAAUAAUUACAAUUUAUUUACAUAUAGGGUAUUUGGACUCAGUUUCAUGUAAGUCUGGAAGUAAAAGAGUACUUACCCAGUGGAAAAGUUAUGCAAACAAUUGCAUUUUAACACUUGUGGUUAAAAUAAUUUGCUGUCAUGUAGCUUAACCUUCUGUUCUCAUUUUUAAAAUACAUUGUACUGAGA